UUAUUUUAUGACAGUGUGUUGCAAUAUAAUGCAACACACAAUUUAUGACAGUGUGUUGUAAUAUAAUGCUUAAAGUCCAGCUGUUAUCUAUUAGACAAAGUCAGAAUCAACUACCUGUAGUAACGACUCCCCAGGUUGUAAUCGAACCUUCACACUGAUUUGGUGGAAGAGGGAAAGAGAAAAUGUUCCACUGGAAGUGCUCAGCUCUCAUUCUGUUGGUUCUGCAAUGGGCUGCUGGUUCUCGGGCUGAUUCGUGUCAGGCUCCUGAGAGGACAUGUGACUUUGUGUGUGACUGCAGCAACUGCAACGAUGAACACAACUGUGGUUACAGUGAAAAAGGGUUUAAGUGUGACUUUGAGGAAGCGGGAAUGUGUGGAUGGACUGACCAGUCCUUCAGUCCAUACAGCUGGGAGAGACAUCAGCGAGGGGACAUGCUGCCUGACAGCGGGCCAUCUUCUGACUACACCACUGGGACAGCUACAGGUUGGUUCAUGGGAGUGAAUGCAGUUAAGACAGAGUCUCUCAGUACCGCAGUUCUAACAUCUCCAGAGCUGCGACAGUCUUCCCCAACAUGUCGCCUUCAUCUGAGAUACUUCUUGUGGGACUCAGGUCAGAAAGGUUUGGGCUCCACACCAUUGUGGGCAACUGUACUUCUCCAGGACUUUCAGCAGGCCAUAGUAUGGCGACCUGAGGCCACCAGUGUGCGUAGCUGGAGGGAAGCUACCAUAUAUCUUGGUCGUAUUCCUACAACCUUCCAAAUCCGUCUCUACUCAGAGCGCUCUGAGGGACAAAAAGGAGAUGUGGCAAUAGAUCAGCUUGAAUUUCUGGACUGUGCUCUGCCCUCACCGUUUCCUGGUGAAUGUCCACAAGGGAUGCUUAGUUGUAAGCAUGGGGGCUGUGUGGAGCCACGACUAAUCUGUGAUGGCAGUGAUGACUGUGGUGAUGAGACAGAUGAAAAACACUGUGCUGGGUACAAGCUGUGUGACUUUGAGGAAAACCUAUGUGACUGGGACCUAAGGUCACUGUCCUCUCUGAAAUGGGUGCGAACAAGUCAAGAAAACAUCUCUAUGUCUGAUCCUCUGAAAGGUCCAGGCAGAGAUUACUCCAAUAACAGCGCUUCAGGUCAUUUCCUGUAUGUCACUGUCCCUGACAAUGGUCUCAAAAGGGACUGGGCUUCUUUUCAGAGCCCUCUUCUUGAACCUACCAAUAGUUCAGAUCCUUGCAAGAUGGUGAUGUACACUCACCUGUUUGGGCCAAGGUCUGGUGGUCUGACAGUGCUGGUGGCUGACAAUAACAUUUAUCCGGUGUGGGAGAGAGGUCAAGCUCUAGGUGAUGUGUGGGUGAAGGCAGAAGUUGACAUUGUGACUGAGUUUCCAUUCCAGAUCAUAAUAAUGGCAGCAAUCAGGGACUUUACUUAUGGAGGUAUUGCUAUCGACAACAUCAUGCUGUCUCCUGAAUGCCGGCCAUCAUCUGCUAAUGCGUCUUUUCCAAAUUUCCCUAAACCUCCUAAACACCCAUGUACUGAGCCAGAUAGACUAUGCGAUUUUAAUCCCGAUUGUGCAAAUGCUGACGAUGAAUCCAAAUGUGGGGAUUUUUUCUACUAUCAAGGCAGCUCAGGUUGGACCGACUCCAGCAUUGGGAGUCAGGGUUGGCUGUAUAAAAAUUCCACAUACGAAGAGGGGUACUUGUAUGUGGCUGAUGCUCCAGGCCAGCAGCUGACAGAAGCCCAGAUGCGUACACCUCUCCUCGGCCCCUCAGGUCCAGCCUGCAGUCUUAGCUUUAGUUUUGCUCUAAUAGGGACUGCAGAUCAUAUUGGUGAGUUGUCAGUCAGGGUGAUUGACAGUUUGCUAGGAAUGCAACCUAAACUAUGGGAGUUUAGUGGGAAAACACAAACCACAGGGGGUGCAUGGCAACACAUCGCAUUACCUGUUGGAUUCAGGAAACAUCGCUUUCAGCUGGCGUUUGAAGCUCGUGCAGUGAAUGUGGACCCAGACACCAUGAUUAAAGUGAAAAAUGUUCACUUUAUCAACUGUUACUCUAAGUAUUUGCCAGCUACACCUACAGGUACUGUACGUUUUAUAACUAUUGCCAGUGCACACAAGAUUCUGCCUUAUGUCUGCUUUCAUUUAUUACCUAGAAAUAUUUUUUAUUUGUUUUUUUUAUCAGGACUGUCUUGUAACUUUGAAAGUGGACUGUGCGGAUGGUAUCAGGACCAUGGUGACAAUUUUGACUGGACAAUGCUUGAUGGGACAGACCACACUAUCGGAACUGGCAAAAGCCUUGUUGUGGACAUGUGGAGUUCAUCACUACGUGGGAUGUCUGGGUGCCUGGUUUCAUUUCCACAGUUAGCAGGUCCUGCAGGUUACUGCCUGUCCUUUUUCUACAAACUUUAUGGACCCAACACAGGUACUCUUAAUGUGAAACUGCUAAGUAACCACGGUUAUGAGACUGUUCUGUGGACACGCAGUGGAGCUCAUGGCAAUGUGUGGAAUGAAGCACAUUGCCCAGUACCACAUCAGCUCACAAGCUUUCAGCUGGUGUUUGAAGCAGUUCGCUCGGGUUAUGAUGGACAACUGGCCAUUGAUGAUGUGAACUUCAUGGCUGCUUCGUGCAGCGCACCACGAUUGUGUUCUUUUGAAGACCAGACAUGUGCAUACAGCAGCUCUGGUAAAGUUCAAUGGUUCCACUGUAAUGGACACGCCGUCACAACUACUGGACCGAAGAAAGACCACACUCUAGAAACCGAACUAGGUUUUUACAUGAUGACCAACACUGGAGCAAACAUCCUUCCUUAUGGUGAGACAGCAGUACUCACUUCCCCAGUUCGUCAAGGUACUUCCAAGACUGAGUGUCUCUAUUUCUGGUAUCAGAGAGGAGGAGUAAAUCCAGGAUCUCUGACGGUGUAUAUUAAACCAGUGAAAGGAGACAGGGUGAAGAUUUUCUCUGACAAUCUAAACCAGGGACAUGUUUGGCGACAUGGCAAUGGUGACAUCUCAAGUGCCCUUGUGGAGUGGCAGUUGGAGUUUGAGGUGGUUGGUGCUGGAGGCAUAGACUCAUAUAUUGCAGUUGAUGACAUUCUCCUUUUGGCUCACCCAUGUGAAACUCAAGGUUCUAAGUGCAGCCUGGAGAGAGGGAUGUGCAGCUGGAGCAACACUCAAAACAGCCAAAAGGACAAACUGGACUGGGAACUGACCAGUGCAGAGUCAGAAAAACACUAUCCCAUCCCGCUUGAAGACCACACUCUGGGUACAGAGAGAGGGCACUUUCUAUUCUUACCCAGCAGUAAUCGAACAGCAGCCAAUCAAAACGCUCAGCUUUUGGGCCCUCACCUGCCCCCUACGAAGGGCACCUGUUUGAGAUUCUGGGCCUACAAACCAUCCUCAUCAGACAGCCAGUUGAAGGUGUGGAAGUUCUCUGUAGGUCAUCUCAAUGAACUGCUGGUGGUGAAACAUCUAGAUAUGCUCUGGAGACACUUUGAUGUGAAUAUCACAUCUACUGAGGAAUACCAGAUUGUUUUUGAGGGCAUCAAAGGUUCUUCAGGUUUUAUAGCUCUGGAUGACAUUGAAUACACCAUCGGAGUCAACUGUGCAGACGAAGUCACAGAUCCAGUAACAAAGGUCUUACUUCUACAGGCUCGGAUCCUAUACCAGAGGCCUGGGAGCUUGAGGUUGCUGCGCAGUAUCUUGGAUGUUCGUAUGACUGCACUGUUCUGGACCGAGAUCUCAGAUGUUGUUUCUGGGAUCUGCUGGAGCCACUCUCCUAGCUUGGCUGUUAUGAUGCCUGACAGGAGCUUUCAUGUUGUGCAGAGGCAGAAUAUUGCGCUAGUUGGAUGGGACUGCUCCCUUUUGGGGGUCUUUCAGGAUCAGGACUGUUUGGCCCUUCAUUAACCAUUCAUACAAUGUGUGUCAGGGCGAGAGCACGCAUUGUUUACACAGCAGAGCAGCUUAUCGCGCUGCGCGGAGCCGCAGUGGGACUGAGGGACAAACACCAUAUCCCUGCUGUGCCGCUAGUAAAGACCCACCGUGGACGCUGCACUGGAAAACUACGUCGGGAAAAGAACAAGCGCUUCAGACCCGCUGUCCCUUCCUUCAUCAUGGGCAACGUGAGAUCUCUCCCGAACAAAAUGGAUCAGCUUGCGGCACUCACAAGGCGCUCAAAAGGCCAUUCUACCUGCCACAGGGGUUCACACAUGUAAUAAUGAUUGUGGUGUACGUCCCAUCCUCCGUUAAUGCUGACACAGCUUCUGAGACCCUGCUCUCAGUCACCAGCAUGCUGCAAACACAGCACCCACAGGCCCUCUUCCUGAUCUCUGGGGACUUUAACCACGCACCUCUUUCAGCUGCUCUGCCUACAUACAUCCUAGACAAUAAAACACUGGACUUGUUCUAGACCAAUACUGAAGUGUCCUACAGUGCAUCCUCCCUCCCACCCCUGGGCACCGUUUAGACAGAGCUCUGCGACCCACAAUGCAAUCACAUACUGUGUAACGGAUUACAUCAACUUUGCUGUGAAAACUCAGUUCCCUCCAGGCUGGUAAGGUGUUUCGCCAACAACAAGCCGUAGGUCACCCCUGAUAUUAAAGCUCUGUUAAAGGAGAACAAGAGAGCAUUUAAAUCAGGGGACAGUGAGAAGCAGAAGGAGCUGAGGAGGAAAAUCCGUGAGGGGAAAGACAGCUACAGGAGGAAGCUGGAGGAGCAGCUACAUCAGAACAACGUCAGUGAGGUAUGGAGAAGCCCGAAAACUAUCUGGCUUUAAAGCUCCACACCCACAGGCUGAGGGGGUCCUGAGUUGGGUCAACAUCAUAGGUUUGACCAAGCACCCACUGAACCCCCAGGCAGCUGCCUCAAAACCUUUUGUCACCAUUGAAUUACUUCCCCCACACACCUUCACACCUUUACACAAAGCCUGGCUCCAAUCGGCCCUGCAGACCGGCAACUCAUCACAACAAUAUCCCAUCACUUCACACCACCCUGAGAGACUCCUUCAACCCCUGUCCCUGGACCCGCUGCAGUUCGCCUACCGACACGGUAUAGGAGUAGACGACGCUGUCAUCUUCUUCCUACAUUGAGCUCUCUCUCACCUGGAGAAGCCGGUGCCGGUAGCACUGUGAGGAUCAUGUUUUUUGAUUUCUCCAGUUCUUUCAACACCUUCCAGCCGGUGCUUCUGCAACACAAACUGGAGGAGGCUGGUCUGGACCUCCAUCUGACAAAGUGGAUUACGGACUACCUCACAAACAUUCCUCAGUUUGUAAGAGCCAGGGACUGUGUGUCUGACACUCUGACCUGCAGUGUGAGGGCCCCACAGGGGACUGUACUGGCCCCCUUUCUUUUCACCCUCUUUACGUCAGACUUCAGACACAACACAGACAGCUGUAUUCUGCAGAAGCUUGCUGAUGACUCUGCAAUUGUUGGACUUAGCACUGAUAAUGACGAUGCAGAGUACAGAGGACUCACUCAGAACUUUUUGGACUGGUGCCAGCAUAACCACCUCCUGAUCAACGCAGGGAAAACAAAGGAGAUGGUGGUGGAUUUCCGCAGACGGCAGCCUGCUGUCAUCCCAUCGAUGCACAUCAAGGCAACAGCCUGCUGUCAUCCCAUCGAUGCACAUCAAGGCAAUGGACAUUGAGAGAGUGGACAUCUGAAAAAUAAAUUGGACUUGCAUUAUGACAUGACACUAAUACAUGGCAGGAAAACGAAACUAAUACAUGGAAUGGCAUGGCUCAACAACAAAACUAAGGCAUGUCAUGAACAAAAAAAAACUAAAGCAUGGCAUGGCAUGAACAAGGAAAUAAAGCUUGGCAUGAACAGAAUGAGCACAUGGCAAUCGACCUGACCUGACCUGACCUGACCUGACCUGACCUGACCUGACCUGACCUGACCUGACCUGACCUGACCUGA